AUGUUCCCCAGCAAGUACCGAUCGGGAUCUUCCAAGAGAAAAUUCGACACCAUCCACCGUCGGUGGAUACACUCUUUUUACCAGAUCACGAAACAUGCCGAGGACAGCGGCAUCCAGCUUACGACCCUGUGGGCCGACGGAGGUUGGCUUUUCGAAGCCGUCUUGAAGAGAGAGCCUGCAAGGCUCACUCACAGCAUCUUGAGAAAAGUCAAUCGCAGCCUUGGAAUCUCCGACGAGUACAAUAGUACUCGCAAACAGUCGGAUUCAUCCCGCGUCGACGCCGUCGUCGACCUUCAAGACGGUUCGAGUCAAGUCUCGGCCAGCGAAGUUGAUCACAGCACCAGCUUUGUCGCCGAAGAGCAGAUCAAAUCGGAAUCCGAGUCCGAGUCCGAAUCUGGGUGCUACUCCGACUCAACCUAUGACGAGAGGGCCCAUCUCACUCUGAGAGUCACCAGAUCCAGCUCUCGUCCCAAGACUCCUCUCUCUUACAGCGACCUGUCGCGACCUGUCACGUCCGCAACGAAGGUCAAGGCCGAAUCAAUCGAUUCGCCGACCGCGGUGACCAGACACUCCAUGUCACCGUCACCCAUGCUGCCGCAGACUCUCGAGUCCAUGAGCCGUUUCAUGAGCCCCUCGCCAGGCGGUUCGGAAAUCCAAAUCGACACAUCCCAGCACAACUCAGCGAAGCGACGGUUUGAUCAAGUUGAAGCCUCGUCAGAGAACCAGUCGCCGGAAUCACUGCCUAGACGACGCCCAAGACGGGCAAGGCUUACUACAAGUGAAUCAGACCAGGAAAGCACUGCACCGACGCAUUGGGACCAACCAAGCACGAGCGUCAAGACUAUGUCCACUAGGAAGGCGUUUGAAGAGGCAUUCACUCGGUGGUCCACCUUUGCGACCACUGAGAAGAAGCAGAAUACCGGAGACAAGAUGAGAGACCUGGGAGAUUGCGAGGAGGAACUUCGCUGUUUGGAAGAGAGACUAGCACUUGCUCAAAAACAGCACGACAAGACUCACCAACAUAUUGAGGCCAUCGACAAGCUCAUAGCAGCUGCAGUGCCUGUCCAAGACGAAGCAGACGGGAUCGACAUUGACAGAUCGAGUGGCGGCGCUUGGGCAUCGCUGCUUGCUACGGCAGAGCGCACACGAGAGGUCUUGGAGAGAGAAGCACAGGAGCAGGUUGAGGCACUGUCUACCGCCGUUGAGGCUACGAGAGCAGAUGUGGCACGUUUGACGGACGAAGCUGAAAUGCAGCGGCUGGUGGGAGCGGUGGCAAAGGGAAUGGAGGACCUCUCGGGCUUGGUUGAGAAGAGACGCUGA